AUGUCUCUACUAGGCGCCAGGUCCACUUACCGUUGGUUUUCAAUCGCUGCAUCAAUUCCGACUAAGAAUGCUAUUGGCAAAUCCACGUACCUCUUAGCUUCAAGAAAUCAACAGUACCGAGGCAUCAUAACGUCAACUGUAGACUGGAAACCAAUCAAGACAGGUAAGAGCCCAAAUGAUGAUUCUCGAAGAGAAAGAUCCUUUGGCAAGAAAAUUGUUCUGGGUCUGAUGUUCGCGAUGCCAAUAAUAUCCUUCUAUUUGGGAACUUGGCAAGUAAGGAGAUUGAAGUGGAAAACCAAGCUGAUUGCGGCAUGCGAAACUAAACUUACUUAUGAACCAAUACCACUUCCUAAGUCAUUUACACCUGACAUGUGCGAGGAUUGGGAAUACCGUAAAGUUAUACUUACCGGACACUUCCUUCACAAUGAAGAGAUGUUUGUUGGUCCAAGAAAGAAAAAUGGAGAAAAGGGUUAUUUUCUGUUUACACCGUUCAUUAGAGAUGACACCGGUGAGAAAGUUCUGAUAGAAAGAGGGUGGAUAAGUGAAGAAAAAGUUGCUCCUGACUCAAGAAAUUUACACCAUUUGUCGUUGCCUCAAGAAGAACACUUGAAAGUGGUUUGCUUAGUAAGACCUCCAAAGAAAAGAGGCUCGCUACAAUGGGCGAAAAAGGAUCCAAAUUCUAGAUUGUGGCAGGUGCCAGACAUAUAUGACAUGGCAAGAUCAUCAGGGUGCACGCCCAUUCAAUUUCAAGCCUUGUAUGACAUGAAGGACCAUCCAAUAAUCGAGGAACACACAAGAAACGAGGCUUCACAAAACAAUUCCACCUCUAGCCUGUGGAAGUUCUGGAAACGAGAACCUACGACUGCUGUAAACGGAACGCAAGCUGUUGAUAAUAAUACAUCGAAGCCUCGUUCUAGGCAGGAAAUGCCGACAGACCAAACAAUUGAAUUCGAUGAACGACAGUUUAUCAAAGCAGGUGUUCCCAUAGGCCGGAAGCCCACUAUUGAUUUAAAGAAUAACCAUCUACAAUAUUUGGUAACGUGGUAUGGCCUUUCGUUUUUGAGCACAAUCUUCCUCAUUGUGGCUCUUAGGAAGGCGAAAAGAGGGGGCGUUGUGUCCCAAGACCAACUAAUGAAAGAGAAACUGAAGCAUUCAAGGAAAUAUAUGUAA